AGUCAAUCCAGGCUGCCGUUCAGCGUGUUAUUUAAAACUGCACACCAUCAUGGCAGGGGCACCGAGCAGCUCCACGCAGCUCGGCGAGGAUCCACCCUUGAGUCCGUGAAAACGACACAAAGUCGAGCUCCGAGAUUUCCCCUGCAUUCUGUCGAGAUGUCGCUCCCGGUGGUGCUGCCGGGGUCUUGCUGUCCGGUCGCCGGGGCUUCGCAGCUCACAGAGCCGCCUUUCCGAAACCGACCCCGUGGCUUGUCCGCCUCUUCCCGGAUCGCCGGCGGUGGCUCUCGGCUGCUGCUGCCCGGGCGGCCGCUGCUCUCGCUGGGCUUGUUGCAGCUGCUGCUCGGCGGCUCCAUGGUGGCGCUGUCCUUCGGAGCUCUGUCCCUCAGCAACUCGCCCCCCAUCCGAAACUCCUGUCCCUUCUGGGCUGGCUCCUCGGUCAUUCUGUCAGGGAUCGUUGGCCUCACAACAUGGAGAAGACCCAUGCUGCUGCUGGUCAAUGUGUUUGUCCUGCUGUCUGUGGUGUGUGUGCUCCUUAAUCUGGCUGGAUUCAUCCUGUGCUGCCAGGGAGCCCAACUGGUUUCCAGUAUGACCAGCUGCCAACUGAGCGAGGCUGGAGAUGUGUGUUACUGUUGCUCCCUCUCCCCCAGCUCCAAAUGUCCCGAGGAGAAGCUGCUGGAGCUGCACCCCGCCCACUCCUGCAGCACCAUGAGGAUCCUGCUCAAGAAAGUGCUGUUUGCACUGUGUGCUCUGAACGCUCUGACCACAGCUGUGUGCCUCAUGGCGGCGGCCCUGAGAUACCUGCAGAUCUUCACCACAAGAACACCCUGCAUGGACGAACCAAGGGCCACAGUGGAAGAAAGAGAGGAGCCUGCUCAGGUCCCGGACCCGGAUGAGUUUGUGGCCCCGGCCCCGCCCCCCUCCUACUUCUCCACUUUCUACUCAUACACACCACGCCUGGCUCGCCGGAUGCUUGGGGACAGCGUGAUUCCUCUCCCUCAUAUCUACGGGGCUCGUAUCAAAGGGGUGGAGGUCUUCUGUCCGUUGGACCCCCCACCUCCAUAUGAGGCUGUUGCUGGAAGCUCCACCAAUGCAGUUACAGAGGAGACAGAGAUCACUCUGACAGAGGUGACUAUGAGCCCGACUACCUCUCAACCAGGAGCCUCUGUUCCAGACACAAGUCCCCAAACAGUGUCGGCAUCACCAGGCGUCCUUCCGCAGGCCAAGCCCCCGCUCCAGCCGCCGCCGCCGCCGCCGCCGCCUCCUCCUCCUCCUCCUUCUCCUCCUCCUCCUCCUACUCCUCAUCCUCAUCCUCAUCCUCAUCCUCAGCAGCUGCAGCUGCAGCAGCAGCAGCAGCAGCAGCAGUACGCUCCAGCUGUGAUUCCCUGGAGGAAAGCCAGGAUCCACCGCUCCAACAGUGAUCCAGUAUUGAUGGACCUCGCUGCUAAAGUGCAGAGCAGCAGUGACGCUCCCCUCGCUCCCUCUCCUCAGACCACAGACUCUUCCACCCAGACAUCGCAGCCCACGCUGGCCGCCCAAGGCCACGUCACACUGCGACGGGGCAACAGCAACAGUAGGACACCACGCCGGCCCCGGCCCUCUUCCAUGGUGGACUACCAGAGCUACCGACACACGCAGCAGCUGGUCAGGAAAAUUCUAGAGCAGCCGGCAGCCCAGGGCCUGACCCCCGAGGUCCAGGAGCUAGUGGACAGCAUACGACAUGUCCUGCAGUCAGAUCAGGAGCACAUGGAAGAGGCUGUUCGCUGCGCCAGUUACAUAGAACAGGUGUUCACAGACUCACAGAUGGGCCCCAGUCAGCCAAAUCCUCCCCAGCAGCAGCUAGCGGGCAGUUCCUCCCAGACGUUCCCUCGACCCCCCAGGAGAAGACCUGGUCUGCUGCACCUGCAGAGCUGUGGAGACCUUAGCUCCUUCACCUGCGCCGCACUGGAGUCUCUGGAACAUCGAGAAAACGGUAGAAGAGUGGGGUCGAGGGCGAGCUCCAGAGCAGGUUCAAGGACAGGGUCCCGUCUGGAUCAUCCUGAACGCCCUCACAGUCUGAUCGGAGUCUUUAGAGAGACGGUCCUGUGAGCGAAGAUUAUAAUGGUAUGGUAAUAUGUCGGAGGGCAACACAGCUGGAAUGCCACCUUAACUCUUGCUAAACUUUAAGAGAACAUUAUUGUAAUCCAACCACUGAGGAGUGUGUGUGUGUGUGUGUAUGUGUAAUGUGUGCAGAUGAGUUUGUAUGAGUGUAGUUUUUUAAAACAUUUUGUUCUGCUAAUACAAUUUAUUUGUGAAAUUUUAAAAAUAUGGGCAACUUGUACUGACACAUAGUACCCAGCGCUCAAUGUUUUAUAUGCUUUCUAAACAGAUUUUAACAUUGUAAUAAGUCUGCAUUUGCAACUCAACCCAGCUAUACAGCAAUACUUCAACAUGUGUUAUUUAAUGGUCAGAUGCACUGGCAUCAACAUGUUAAAUAUUUGUUUAUUAUUGGAAAGUUUUACAUAUUUUGAACUGUGUGCUUGUCUGAAGACAAAUUUAACUUUUUCUUUUUUUUACCUGACCUGCUGUGCUGAAUUAAAAUGUACCAAAUUACACAGUUCUUUCCAGGAAACUGUUUGAAAAUGACAGACCGUUUUAAUAAAGAGUUCCCAGACACAACUGAACAGGGUGCUGGCUUUCUAGUUAGCAAGCAACAAAGUUUCGUUUGAAAAUCGUGCCCAUUUUGUGGAGCAGUGUGUACUCUGGAAGAGCAGGGUUAUAUAAAAGCUAAUAUGAUAGCUCUAUUUUGGACUCUCACUGAAAUGUCAGCACUGUCAAGGUAGUUUGCAAAUUGCAUUAAUUUCCAUGUUCCAUGCAGAUUGAUUUAUUUACAGAGGUGGGGAGUUACUCUAGAGCCAGAACAGAACAUUAAAAUUUGUUAAACUUGUUUUGGCACUGAAACAACUUCCACUGAAAAAUAAAACAUUAAAAAUUAUUUCAUUUUAUAUUGAUAUUGUAUGUAUUAUGUUUUAUAUUCAGUGACAAUCUUCUGUUUUUCCUUAAUGUCUGUCUUUUCUUUUUCAGUGUCACUGGUUUUCAGUUUCAACUUUUAACUGAUGUUAUUCUUGUCUGGCAGAGAGAAACAGGCUGCUUGUGGUUUGGGAUUUCCAGGUAAACUUGUGAAGCCAUCACCAUGGGUGUGAGCUCAGAGGCCAGCCGCUGUUUAGAUUUUGAUGUGCGUCUAUUCAUGCAGUUACGGUGCUUGGAGUGGCCAAAAGAACUCAUAUUUCAGCAUCAUUUCACACAUUAUUAAAUAAGAUUGUUAAAUAUGUUACAUCACCAAAUAAAUCCUAGGAUGAUAACAGUUUUUUAUUUAUUUAUUUUAUUUAUUAGGUACUGAUGGAUUUCUGCCUCAAAAUGUUCAAAUGAAAUUUGAAGCAGUCACUGUACAUUAUAGGGAAAGACCUCAAAGGAGAUUGUGACAUAUCAACAGUUUUCUCAUUUUAUAAUUUUAACUAAACUUUAUGACUUUACAUAUCUUAAGUGGUGUACUGAACUGGUUUCAGUGGAAGAGUUUUCUCAUCAGUAUGCAGAUAUGUAAAUCGUGCCCUCCUAACCCCUCUCCAUACCAAAAUGGUGACA